AUGGCGGCGCCGUCAGGGUCGUGUCCUACCGGCCAGUGGAUGAGGUACUUGACGGAUUCCGUCGACAUUGACGUUGACGGUGAUGGUCGGACCGUACUAGAGAAUAUGCUGGCCGAACAGCAAUCCACAUGUCAGGAGCUUGACAGGACGUCGAGUCGUGCCAAUGAGAGCUGUGCCGCGGAUAAAGAGCCGUCGCAUUGCAAUGAGCCGUCGCAGGACGCCGGAAACCGCACCAGCGUCGCUGCUUCCCACAAACAGCCGAGGGAGGAUCCAGUCGAGGCGAGCAGCAGCAAGGCCAAUCGGGAGAAGAUGCGCCGCGACCGACUCAACGACAGGUUCGUGGAGUUGGCGCGGUCUCUGGAGGGGAGCGGGCAGGCGCGCGCGGACAGGGGGAGCAUUCUGGCGGACGCGGUGCGCGUGCUGGCGCAGCUGCGCGCGGAGACGGCGCAGCUGCGGGGCUCCGCGGAGCAGAUGAAGGAGCAGAUCCGCGAUCUCAAGGCGGAGAAGAGCGAGCUGAGGGAGGAGAAGGCUCGCCUGCAGGCCAACAAGCAGCAACUGGAGGAGCAGGCAAGCUAG